GUAGGAGGUCUUUAUAACUAUAGGUAUGGAGGUCUCCCUGUGUCAGCUUGUCAGCUUAUAAGCUGAGUCACUUUUGCCCCUACCCCUCCUCCAUAAGACCGAACCCGGUAUUUCAAUUACCUAGAGACAGAAGCACCAGCUAAUUCUAUAUAUCUCUCACUCCUCUUCGUCUUAGCGGCCAGGAGUAGUUGCCAACGAUCGCCAAUGCCUUCACGGUAGUGUCGACAUGAUUGCCUCUUCACUUCUUCCCUCCCGCUUUCGCGGCGAGCAACCGAAUAACGCUCCCGCUCCGCCGUCCAAGUUAAACCAGAGAGUUACACCGGCCCUCCAAUUCGUCUCCAAGAUUACCUGUUUACAUCCGAUACAUACUAUUGUCCUCGUUGCCCUAAUAGCGAGCACGACAUAUAUUGGUAUCGUCAAGGAAAGUCUGCUGGACGUAUCCCGAAGCGCAAAUAAGGCCGAUUAGUCUUCUUUAGUUAAAGGCAGCAGGAGCCUUCGGACCGGCCCCGAGACCUCGUAGAAAUGACAGGCCUUUAAUCUGGAUACGCCGGUGCCAGAAGACGCUAAGCACCUAGCUCUAGUUACUUUAGUCUUCCCAGAGUCUACUGCCGACGUACCUCAGACAGCGCCGCUACCUCAUAUUAUCCCGUUGCCUCAGAACCUCAGCGUCUCACAUCUGCCCUCCACUUCGAAUUCCUUGACGGCGUAUUCUCAGGACAGCGCGUUAGCCUUUACUAUUAAGUAUAAAGAGGCACCUAAGUUUCUCGCCAUAGCCCAGGAGAUCCCUAAUGACGUACCGGGCCAGGAAUCGCGCGAAACCGACCUCGGCGAGAGCGAGCAGAAGAUGUGGAUCAUAAAGGUCGCCAAGGGCUACACGAGAAGAAGUAUAGUACGAUAGAUUCACAAUGCUUAGGGCGAGUUUCUCGACUUAAUUAAGAACGCCGAAACCUUAGAUAUUAUUAUCAUGGUCCUGGGUUACUUAUCUAUAUACCUAACUUUCGUGUCGCUAUUCCUUUCGAUAAGGAAGAUAGGCUUAAAUAUCUGGCUCGCUAUUAGUAUGUUAUUCUCGUCUACCUUCGCCUUCUUAUUUAGCCUAAACGUUACUACCAAACUCGGAGUUCCCGUUAGUAUGGUCCUUUUAUUAGAAGGCCUACCUUUCCUCGUAGUAACCAUUAGUUUCGAGAAGAACAUUAUCCUUACCCGGGCUGUCCUAUCG